AUGGAAAACGAAGAUGGGAGAAAAAAUCCAUCACAAAAAAUUGGGAAAAAUAUUGAAAAUUUCGAAUCAGGAAGACAACACGACGAUUAUUUAGAAUUGACGACAGAUAAAAUUAUUUUUUUGGAUAAUGUAAAAAAAAUAAAAGAUGAUACGAACGUGGAAAAUGAACAACAUGUGGAAAAAGAUGAUUUUCCAAGGGAUAAAUCAUCUCGUGGGGAAUCAAACGAACAAAGACAAUCGACAAACAAUAAUAAAAAAAAAAACGAUUCGAAAAAACGAUUCGACGGUGAUGACAUUGGUGAACAACAACACAAAAGAAUUGGAAAAUCAAAUCACAAGAAAGAAAAACACCACAACCCUAAGAAAAAUCAAAUGAAAAACAAAGCAAAAUUUGAAAAGCUGGUGGAAAUGGAUGAAAAUUCUGGUAAGACGUCGUUCGAAACCAACGACGAUAUCGAUCCGGAAAAUUCGAGGAAUUUAAACAAUACAAAAUCGGGAAAAAAAACAAAUUCGAAACGUAACGUUCUAGAAGAAGAAACUUGCGGAUUGGACACUCCUAGACGUAUUAUCGGUGGUACAACGACAGACAUUGACGAAUUUCCUUGGCUUUGUUUGCUGCAGUACACGGAUCCUACUCAAAGGAUAAGUCAUUCAUGCGGGGGGGCAUUAAUAUCAAAAAGAUACGUUCUCACGGCAGCACAUUGUACUCAUGGAGUUGCUAUAACUACAAGAAAAUUAAAAUUGGAUAAGGUUAGGUUGGGAGAAUGGGAUUUAUCAUCGGAUAAGGAUUGUCAGGGAGAGGUUUGCAGCAGUCCUGUACAAGACAUUGAAAUCGAAGAAAUCAUACCGCAUGAAAAUUAUUUACCGAGAGGAAAAUCUCAAAGUCACGACAUAUCAUUGAUAAGAUUAAAAGAAGAAGCUAAAUUAAAUCAAUACGUUCAACCGAUUUGUCUACCCUUCACACUACCGGAAAAUACAGAUUACGAAGGGAAAAAAUUAACCGUUUCCGGUUGGGGAAGAACAUCGAACGAUUCUUCCAGCAGUGUUAAAAUGAAAGUCGAUUUACCCAUCGUUAACUGGAAUCAGUGUUACCAAUUUUAUCAAUCUUUUUACGGUGAUUUAGAAAUAACAGAAGGACAAUUUUGCGCUGGAGGAGAAGGAGGAAGAGAUUCUUGCCAGGGUGAUAGCGGGGGUCCUUUGAUGACGACACAAGUUAAAAAUAACGAAAUUCAUUGGUACCUUAUAGGUAUCGUUUCAUCGGGUCCUGCAGCAUGCGGUGUCGAAGAUCGUCCAUCUUUAUAUACAAACGUUACACAAUAUUCCGAUUGGAUACUCGACAACAUGCGAAAUUAA